GUUGCUGUAGAGCUCCAGUUAGCAAACAAAAUUUCAAUUAUUUGUGCUUAUUCUCCUCCUAAUGAAUUUUUCUCUUUAACCGACUUUAAUAAUCUUACUCCCUCUUCCUCUACUCCCUAUAUUAUAGCAGGUGACUUCAAUGCUUGGAGUCCCCUUUGGGGUUCUCCUUCAGCUAAUUCUAAAGGUCGUCAAAUUGAAGAUUUUUUACUUACUUCUAAUGGAAUUAUUCUGAAUGAUGGAUCCCCCACCCACUUUUCUACUCACUCUUCCUUUACUCAUAUUGAUAUCACCCUUUCGUCUUCUAUCCUCUAAAUGUUCUUGGCAUCCAAUAGAUGAUCUUCAUGGAAGUGAUCACUUUCCUAUAGUCACCAAAAUCUCUACUUCCCGUGUUUUAACGACCUAUAAGCCCAGAUCCUUGUUUAAAACAGAUUUAGCUAACUGGGUCAAAUUUGAAGACUCCUGUUUUAGAUUUUCCAACUCAUUUCCACCCUCCUCCAAUAUCAAUCAGGAAACUUCCAGGAUUCAUAAAAUUAUUCGAUGCGCAGCUAAUCAAUCUAUCCCUGUAUCGUCAUCGAAACCUGUUAGGCCUACCCCCUUAUGGUGGAACAGUGAUCUACCUGAGUUAAGACAAGAUAAACAACGUAAAUGGCAUGAAUUCAAACGUAAUCUUAUUCAAUACAAGAAAUCUUACGCUUUAUUUCGACGUGCAUCUAAAGUUGCCAAAAUGUCUUGCUUCCAAAAAUUCACUUCCUCCAUUAACUCUUCUUGUGACACCAAAAAAAUUUGGUCGGUUAUAAGAAGGUUAACUGGAUUUCCAUCCUCCUCUUCCAUCACGUCAAUUAAUUCACCUCGAGGCAAACUUCUAUAUCCACGGGAUAUAGCUGAAGAAUUUGCUCUCUAUUAUUGCAAUAACUCCUCUGACUCUAGUUUCCCUUCUCAAUUUUAUUCUACUAAAUGUUCAAUUAUCUCAUCCUCGUAUCUCCCUCCUAGCGCUCUAUCUUCCUCUGCCAAGCUAUUAGAUGCUAAUCUUUCUCUACUUAAAUUCCGCACAGCUCUAUCCACUGUUAGAGGCAAACACCUGGCAUAGAUAAGAUCUCCUAUAUCAUCAUAAAACAUCUCCCUUCUUUUCUUUUUUCCCGUAUUGUAUCACAUUAUAACAACAUCUAUAUCACUGGUGAUUACCCUGUUUUGUGGAAGAAGAGCUCGAUCAUACCAAUUUUGAAGCCAGGUAAACCCCCCUGCGAGGUAGGUAGCUACCGCCCUAUUUCCCUCCUGCCGUGCCUUGGUAAAUUGAUGGAGAAGGUUAUUGCAUCCAGGCUCACCUGGUAUGUUCAUAAGAAUAAGUUUCUCCACCCUAAACAGGUUGCAUUGUUGGGCCUGCAGCCCGCUCAUUGGAACUUUGCACACACGUGCCAAAAACCCACUCGCUUACCCCAAAUCGUCCUGUCACGGUCGCCAUGUUGGGCCUGCAGCCCGCUCAUUGGAACUUUGCACACACGUGCCAAAAACCCACUCGCUUACCCCAAAUCGUCCUGGAGACAAAUCCGCUGCUAGGCUGCCGACACCAGUAAAUUAUGCACAAUUAUUAUGCCCUCGUGGCAGAUUGGCCGAACUCUUAUGGGUUCCGCAAACUUGUAUUUAUAGAAAAAUUUGCCAAUUAUUCACGCCCGUCAACUACUUGCGAAUUUAAGAAAAUUAACAACACUUGAAGAACAAUAUUAGUUUUAUUUAAAGACUAAGGAAAAUUACACUACCGAUGGGUUUGAAGUCGUUUGUCUAAUUGCAUUAGCAUUCGUUUUUUCACUCGGUUUUAAGUACCUGUGGAACGUAUGUUCCAACAGGGCUACCAACAUUACGACGGCGCUGAAUAGUGCUGCCGUAUUGUUAGCGAUGCCAUUACAGCAUUUAAGAGGGGGAGGGCACUAUUGACGCUCUUUUGCAUUUAGAUAAUUUUGUUUCGGAAGCAUUGUCUUCCAGAAAUCACAUAU